AUGGGAAACCCUUCCACUCUUUUGCGCUUCUCUGUUGCCUUCUUCCUCCUUGCCACCUUCACUUAUGGUCCUUCUGUUUCGGCCACAUCAGAAAUUUCAGGGAAUGAAGUAAACACAGAUGGGGAGGUUUUAAAUGAAGAGUUUGCAAAACCAAGUCUUCAAGGACAUGAUGAAGAAGCAAAGUUCAAAGGAUUGCUUCCAAAACCAAUCCACGGUCUUAAACCUAUUCCUAAACCAAUUCCAUUUGCUAAACCUAUUCCAAAGCCAGUUCCUGUCCUUAAACCUAUUCCUAUUCCAUUUUAUAAGCCUACACCAAAGCCAAUUCCAGAUGUUAAGCCAAUUCCAAACGAAGAAGCAAAAUUCAAAGGUGUCUUCCCGAAACCUAUUCCUGUUGUUAAGCCUAUUUCUGUUCCAGUAUAUAAGCCUAUACCAAAACUAGUCCCCAUUGUGAAGCCAAUUCCUGUUGUUAAGCCUGUACCAAAGCUAGUUCCCAUUGUUAAGCCAAUUCCUAUUCUUAAACCUGUUCCAAUUGUUAAGCCAAUUCCUAUUCUUAAACCUGUUCCAAUUGUUAAACCAAUUCCUAUUCUUAAACCUAUUCCAAAGCCAUUUCCCAUUGUUAAGCCAAUACCAAAACCAUUUAUUGUGAAAAAGCCCAUCCCUACUGUUGAGUCAGAGGAAUUUUUAAAACCAAAACCUUUCUUCAAAAAGUCUAUUCCUAAACUACCUCUUGAUCCCAAAUUAAAGAAGCCACUUCUACCACCAUUGCCAGUUCACAAGCCAAUUCCUACUCCAUAA